AAUCCUUGGCGAGGAUCCUCCGCAAUGAAGGACCGCCUAAAAGACCUACGGGAGCGGACUCAGGAGUUGCCUGACUCAGCAAGUGCGAGUUCCACAUCCGAGGAGGAGGGUCACCAUGACGACUCGGUGGCGGUGGAGGCCAUCACGCCGCAGGCUGUUCUGUUUGAGGAGGAACCCGUCAUUGGCAACUUCCUGUCCCAAGUUCAGCUAAUCCGAAAUGAUAUCAGCACCCUGGAGACGGAGGUUCUCAAGUUCAACCAGCAGCAGAAGAUGUUGGUUGCAACCAUGCGGCGUUUUAGCAUCAUAAAGAAGGAAAGCAGCAUUACGAGGGACAUCAAGCUCCGAGCUGAGAGUCUUCACCGACGUCUGGACACUCUUUCUAAACAAGUCCAAAAAACCGAAGAGGAACAGGGACCCACGGCCGUCACCACGAGAAUACAACGUUCCCAGCACACCGCCAUGUACUCCAAAUUCCAGCAGGUGAUGCGGCAGUAUAACGAAGGGUUGUUGACCAAGCAGGACCGCUGUAAGCACUUCAUCAUCCGGCAGCUGGAGGUCUCGGGAAGGGACGUGACCGAAGGGGACGUGAACGACAUGGUGGCCACGGGGCAAUGGGAGGUCUUCAACGAGAACCUGCUGAACGACGCCAGGAUCACUCGCUCCCAACUCUCUGAGAUCGAACAGCGGCACAAGGAGUUGUUGAGCCUCGAGAGCAACAUGAUGGAGCUGAGGGACCUCUUCAUGGACAUCUUCAUGUUUGUAGAGGAACAAGGCGCCUACAUCGAGCACAUUCAGACCAACGUGGAACAGACCCAGGAUUACGUGGCGGCGUCCAACGAGAAGUUCAAGUUGGCCGCCAGGUACAAGAAGAAGAACCCUCUCCGUCAGAUCUGCUGCUGUUGUUGCCCUCCCUGGAAAUGCUGCGUGUGAAGUUGUGUGGAUUGGAAUGGAGUGCUGUUUUUUUCAAUGUCUCCCUCACCUGUUGGGAGUAAACAACAUUGGACUCAAGUGCCAUUAAAGUGAAGGUUAUGGUCACCGCCAUCCUUGCUGUUGAACACAGCAAUGGCCAAGACAGAUCCAGCAGAGCAUAGCAAACAAUUAAGGGGGAGGCCAGGAAUUGCUUUUUUGAGGCACUUAUUUCUUUGAAGAGAGUGUGAAGUGACUGCUAUUGGAAGAGACAGUUCAGUGAGUGCUCCUCACCAACAUGGCGGCGCAUCCGUGACCUUCCCUGUCAUCUGAGAGAGGUUACAAAUAAGACCGCUACCUCUGCAACUGUCACUGCUUCAUCACAAAUUCCAAUGUUCUCAACUUUCUCUUUGUCUGCCAAAAAGUAUGUUUUUAUGUCCAGACAUUGCACUUUCAGCUAAAGUUUUAAAACGUCUGUGGGUAGUCGUAUGACACCUUAUUAGGUAGACAUAUUGCUAUAUUUGCUAUAAUUAAGUUCGGAGCUAAUAUUGAUAGACGUUAUCAAGAGGUUUGAACGGAAUUAGCAGGUUAGGGUCUGACGAUUCAAUCCAUGUACAUCAGGGGUGCCCACACCUUUUCUGCAGGCCAGCUACUUUUCAAUUGACCAAGUGGAGGGGAUCUGUCAUGAUCCGUGGUCCGGAUCAUGUUUUGGUUAUGUUCUGUUAGUUUUGGACUCCCUUAGUUCCUGUUUUGUGCACUCCUGGGUUUAUUUGGGUCACCAUGGGGAUUAAUUGGGUUCACCUGCCUCUGCACUGCAAAAAGUCAGUGUUCAAAAACAAGGAAAAAAGAGAUACAAAAAUGAGGGGUAUUUUAUUUGAACUAAGCAAAAUUAUCUGCCAAUAGAACAAGAAAAUUUGGCUUGUCAAGACUUUCCAAAACAAGCCAAAUUAGCUAACCUCAAUGAACCCAAAAAUACCUUAAAAUAAGUAUAUUGUCACUAAUAACAAGUGUACUACUAUAUGAGUAUGUAUUUUCUAUUGUUUUAUUACAAAUAAAACAGCAAAAGUCCAUUUGGCUGUCAUCUGUUUUAAUUAUGAGACACAAUUGUGUCAAAGUCAUGAUAUUUUUGUUCAUGCUUGAAAUAAGAAAGUAUUACUUUAAAUAAAGUAGUUUUAUACUUGUGAGUGUUGAUGACACAGCUUUGCAACAGUUGAUAUUCUAGUUUCAAGCAUGUUUUACUCAAUAUAGGUCAUCAAAUCUCAGCAACAAGCUGUAAUAUCUUACUGAGAUCAUUUAGGACCAAAACACUUGAAACAAGUAAAACACUCUAAC